AUGAGUGGGGGAUCCAAGGGAAGUGGGACAUACCAAGAUGUCUCAUGCACACAUGAAUUAAACAGUAACUUGAACAUUCCCACAAGCGCUACAGGCUGCAAUGGGGUCAGCACUUAUGCAUGUAACUCAGGAUACAAGCAGGUUGCCGGAAACACACAACGUACAUGUUACGGAAAGUUCUGGACGGGAUACCCACUUGUCUGUUCUGUUUCAACUUGCAAGAUUGACAUCCUUUUCAUCAUAGAGGCUUCCUCAUACACGUCUUCUAUUUACUCUGAAUUAGUAUCAGUUAUUGGUGAUUUGGUGAGGACUAUGCAAAUUUCAACCAGUAAUAUACAAGUGGGGGUGAUAUCCUAUGACAACGCUGUGGACCAGAAUUUCAAGUUUAACGCUUAUUCUACGGCGGCAUCGCUGGACACUGCUAUAACGGCAUUAACAAUACCAAGCGCCUCUUCAACAAUUAACCUCGCCGAGGCAUUAACUGUCGCAUUUUACGAUUUUGUUAAACUGUCAAAUGGGAACAGAUAUCAAGCAUAUAAAUACUUUGUUAUUGUUGGUAAAUCAACUCCUACCAAUCUCGGUUCAGCUAUCGGAGUCAAUAUUCGAAAGGUGGCAAAAAAUCAGGUUUUCGGAAUUGGUAUUGGCCCAACCACGUCUUUAGCCAAUGAUCUGAAAUCGGCCGCUGGAAGUACUGCUAGAUACGUCGAGGCAACCUCCCCAGCAGACCUAGCUACAAAAUUCAACACAGUUCUUACAAAAAUCGCCGUCUGUCCAACGUCUGCUUUUCCUGGCGCUACGUCAGUUGCUUGCAAGCUCGACAUAGUUUUCAUUGUGGAAAAUUUUAACCUGCGUUACACAAAACGAUUUGUGGCAGAGUUAGUAGAGGAUUUACCGAUUUCUUCAAAUGGCGUCAGGGUAGGUUUUGUAGUAUUUGAUAACGGAGCAAGAACCGAGUUUGGGCUCACUGCUUAUACGAGUUCUGAGGCCGUCAAAGGGGCAAUCGAAGGAAUUUCACAGACGACUAGCAGCUAUCAUUAUGUAGACAAGGGAUUGAUUCAUGCCCGUGACUACGUGUUCACGGCUGCUGGAGGAGAUCGUGCAGAUGCUGUUAACUAUUAUGUCUUUAUCGUGGGGCCAUAUUACAGUGACCCAAUCACAACGGCAAGGAUCAUCCGAAGAAGUGGGGACAAUAUAAUAUUUGGCGUUCAUCUUGGAACGAGUUACGUAACUACUUAUAAGGAGACUGUUGGUUCCUGUGGUGACCACUCUAAAUAUACAAACUCAGCUACUUAUGACAACUUGAUCAACAUUAAAAAUACAGUAAAAGGAAAACUCACUACCUGUUAUCAGGUUCCAGCAUACACGCAAGCUUGCAAACUUGAUAUAGCUUUCAUUAUCGAUGAUACGAAUGCAGUUACCGCUGCUCAGUUCACGGAAAUGAAAACUGCCAUUGAAGUUCUUGUUAGUAAAAUGCUUAUUGGUGACAAUGCCAUAAGAAUAGGGAUAGUGACCUUUGGGGACGGAGCCGCAACGGCCUUUCCGCUAAAUCAAUACUCAACUGCACCUGCCUUGAUCAGUGCUAUAAACGCUCUUACGCAAGGAAACUCGGCCUAUAGUAGAAGUACCCGCUAUGUAGAAAAGGCCAUCACAUGGACGCUAUGGAACUUUUUUACGCCAACAAACGGAGACCGCUCUGACGCCCAGAAUUACUAUGUUAUUCUUACUUACGGAGGUUCAUCCGGAUCUAAUGUUGCUGGAUAUGGAACAUCAUUGCAGUACAAUUCCAUGAUCGAUAUUUUUAUACUUGGUUAG